AUGGUGGACCCGGUGCCCGAGGAGGAGAAGGAAGGCGCGGAGCCCAGCGGGGCGGGAGGGGACGCGGCUGCGGCGUCCGUGCCCCCGGACGCCCAAGGCGCCCAGCAGCCCGAGGCCGCGUCUGCGUCGUCGUCGGCGGCGGCGCCCGGCAAGGCCGAGGUCACGUGCGCAGCAGAAGGCGGGCGGCGGGAGCAGUCCCCGCUCCUGCACCUGGACCUCUUCAACUUCGACUGCCCCGAGGCCGAGGGCAGCCGCUACGUGCUGACCAGCCCGCGCUCUCUGGAGGCCUGCGCCCGCUGCGCCGUCAAGCCCGUGGAGCUGCUGCCGCGGGCCCUGGCCGACCUGGUGCGCGAGGCCCCGGGUCGCUCCAUGCGGGUGGCCACCGGCCUGUACGAGGCGUACGAGGCGGAGCGGCGCGCCAAGCUGCAGCAGUGCCGGGCGGAGCGCGAGCGCAUCGUGCGCGAGGAGAAGCGGCGCCUCUUCACGCCGUUGGGCCCCGCGGCCGCCGCGGCCCCGGCGCCCAGUGCGGGCAGCAGCAGCAGCUGCAGCAGCGCCAGCCUCCCGGCCUCGCCGGCACCGCGCGCGGCCCGCAAGGCCUCCUCCAGUCCCUCCCCAGCCCGGACCCAACCUCCGCCCGCGGGCUCUCGGACAGGUAGGAAGAGCCACUCGCUGGACUCGCUGUCCCGCCGGCGGGAGGGCGCCCUCAGCUCCGAGUCUGGCGCGUCGUCGUCGUCCUACAGCGGGGAGAGCCUGCGGGAGCUGCGCUGGCCGCCGCGGGCUUCGGCCCGGAACAGUUACCCGGCGGGGUCGGCGGCCUCGGCCCCCAACCCUCUGGGCCGCCCGACCGCCUUGACCUUGGUUCCCAUCACCGGCCGCAGCUUCAGCCUCGGCGACCUGAGCCACUCGCCGCAGACGGCGCAGCACGUGGAGCGCAUCGUGCGCCAAGUGCGCGCAGAGCGCGGCCUACGCGGGGUACCCGAGCGCGACCGGAAGAUCGCGGCGCUCAUGCUGGCGCGGCACCAGGAGGAGCGCCUGCUGCUGGAGCAGCGCGCCGCGGCCCACGGCCAGUGGGAGCAGCAGCGCGUGCGAGCCGAGCAGCGGCGGGAGCGCGAGGAGCGCGAGAAGCAGCGCGCGCUGGAGCAGGGCCGCCGCGCGUGGGCCGCGCAGGUGGAGGAGCGGCGAGGCCGCAGGGGCCGCGAGGAGCGCGAGGCGGCCCGGCAGCGGCAGCGGCAGUGCGAGCGCAGCGAGGAGCGGCGGCGGGAGCUGGCCGAGCGCCAGGGCCUGCUGCGGCGGGAGCGGCUGGAGCGCGCGGCGCGGGAGGACCGGCUGCGCAAGCUGCAGCAGGAGCAGAACCUGAAGCAGCGCGAGGAGGGCCUGCAGGAAGGGCGCGAGCGGGCCGAGCAGGUGCGCCGGGAGCGCGCCCAGCGCGCCGCCCGCGCCAAGCAGACGCAGGAGGGCCAGCUGCGGCGGGAGAAGCGGGAGCUGGGCCGGGCGGAGCGCGCGCGCCACGAGGCGCUGGUGCAGGGGCGCGCUCGGCGGCAGCGCGAGGAGUGGGAGGGCCUGCGGAGUUCCCUGGAGGCCAGCUUGGGCCGCGCGCAGGAGAACUACGAGCAGAGGGUGGAGCAGCGCGCCCGGGAGCUGCGGGAGCGGGCCCGGCGCGAGGAGCUGCAGGGGAGGCGCGCCAAGGAGGCGGCCGAGCGCCAGGAGCGGCAGCACCAGGCGCACCUGGAGGCGUUGGCCCGGGCCGGGGAGCGUCGGCUGCAGCACGCGGCGCAGGUGGCCGAGGAGGCGGUGCAGCAGAAGGCGCGGCGCGCCGUCCAGACUCGGCUGGAGAAGGAGCGGACCCAGCGCGCCAACAAGGAGAAGGUGGAGAGGGACGAAGACUGCCGCCGGCGGGAACUGAUCCAAGCCAUAGGGCGCAAGCUGGAGCGCAGCGAGCAGCUGUCGAGGGAGCGGCGCAGCGCGCUGGAGAGUGCCCGCUCCACAGCGCGGGCCUCCUUCCACGUGCGCGAAAAGGUUCGAGAAGAGACCAACACGCGCUCCUUCGACCGCAUGGUGCGGGAGGCCCAGCUCCACGCCAGCCUGGAUCGCAAGUGA